AGACAGGUUGUCACAUUCCUGAGGCCUCAAAGUCUUGCGAAAGUGACUCUAAUUAUUCAAAUCUGUUGGAACUCGGACUCCAAACACUUCAAAACAAACUUCAAACUUUCCCUUUAGCUCCAAAGCAAAGACUCUUGCUAAAACACAAGUAAACACACAAACUCCAUUUACAUAGCUAAUAGAGGUUCACCAAUGUAAGUCUCUGCAUGGCACUGAGGUUUUUACUUGGGUUUCCGUAAAGAGAUGGUGGAAUAUGUCGUGUAAAAGGGACCAUAUCAAGGACGGUUGCUGUUGUGUUUUGAGCAGGUCACACAGACGCGGAGACGCGGCCAGUCCCUACUUUGUCAACUCGGGCUAUGUGUUCGCCCCCGCCACCAGUGCCAACGACAGCGAGAUCUCCAGCGACGCCAUGACGGACGACUCCAUGUCCAUGACCGACAGUAGUGUAGAUGGGAUCCCUCCAUACAAGCUGGGCACCAAGAAGCAGCUCCAGCGGGAGAUGCACCGCAGCGUCAAGAUCAACGGCCUGGUCUCGCUACCCCACUUUCCCGUGAGUCCCGCUUCUUGUUUACUUCCUGUUUUUUUUUAUGUCUGAUGUCUUUAUACACAGUGUCUUUUAUAUCUUUAAAA